AUACAGCAGGCUGGAGGAACAAAUACUGUGGUGAAAUCGCUUGGGGGGAAAAAAAUGGCAUCGUUUGGGCAAAUCGUCUGGGCUUUUCGAAACCCACUGCUUAUUUUCCUGAUUCCAAUUGUGAUGCUCCCUCUCCCUCUGGUUAUUCCCACCACGGAGGCCGCCUGUGGGUACACCAUCAUCGUGAUGGCUCUCUACUGGUGCACAGAAGCUCUCCCGCUUGCCGUCACGGCUCUGAUCCCUGUCUUAUUUUUCCCAAUGUUCAAAAUCAUGGUUUCACAAGAGGUGUGUAAGCAUUAUCUGAAGGACACCAACAUGUUGCUUAUUGGGGGUUUGAUGGUGGCUAUUGCGGUCGAGCAAUGGAACCUGCACAAGCGCAUUGCCCUGAGGGUGCUGCUCAUUGUGGGAGUCAAGCCUGCACUUUUAAUGCUGGGGUUCAUGGGGGUGACGGCAUUCCUCUCCAUGUGGAUCAGCAACACGGCCACCACUGCCAUGAUGGUGCCCAUCGCACAGGCUGUGUUAGACCAGCUCAACGUCAGCGGCUCAGAGUUGGAAAAUGAGGAACUGGAAAAUGGCUUCGUCAAUAAGGGUUUGGAACUGGCGGAAAAGGGUUCCCAAAUGUCAGACGGACAAAUCUACUGCACAGAGCUGGAAGAGACCAACGAGAAAAAAUUGGAACUUGAAGGCAACGGUCACACCGGUCCAAUCGGAGAUGAGAACGGUCAGACGCUCGCAGAGCAAAGCAAAGAGGAAAAAGAGCACACCAAGCUCUCCAAAGGAAUGAGCCUGUCCGUGUGCUAUUCAGCGAGUAUUGGGGGCGCUGCCACUCUGACUGGAACAACCCCGAACCUGAUCAUGGUGGGACAGCUGAAACAACUCUUCCCAGACAGUGGGGACAUUGUGAAUUUUGCGACCUGGUUUGGAUUUUCCUUCCCGGUGACAUUGAUCAUGUUAUUCCUGACCUGGAUAUGGCUGCAGAUUGUGUUCCUGGGAUUUAAUUUCAAAAAGAACUUUGGUUGCGGGAAGCUGCAGACAAAGAAAGAGAUAGCGGCUUACGAAGUCAUUAAGCAAGAAGUGAAAAAGCUGGGGCCCAUGACCUUUGCCGAGAUUGCUGUCCUCAUCCUCUUCAUUUUCCUGGUACUGCUCUGGUUCACCAGAGACCCUGGCUUCAUACCUGGAUGGGCAUCAGUCCUGUUUAACUCUAACAAUAAGGAUUUUGUGACGGAUGCCACUGUGGUCAUCUUCAUCAGUGUGAUUAUGUUUAUUAUCCCGUCCGCCAAACCACGACUCCCAUGUUUACACAAUGGCGAUGAUGAAGCAGAUAGCAAACACAAGUAUGGACCAGCUCCCUCACUGCUGAACUGGAAGCUUAUCCAGGAGAAGUUACCAUGGAAUGUCGUGAUCCUACUUGGAGGUGGCUUUGCUCUGGCUGAAGGCAGUGAGGAAUCGGGGCUCUCCACUUGGCUUGGAAGCCAGCUGAUUCCUCUGCAGAAUAUCCCGCCCUGGGCCAUCGUAAUCGUCCUGUGUUUGUUGGUGGCGACCUUCACGGAAUGUGCCAGCAACACAGCCACGACCUCACUCUUCCUGCCCAUCCUGGCUUCCAUGGCACAGCGUAUCGGGAUCCACCCGCUGUACAUCAUGCUGCCGUGUACAAUCUGCGCUUCAUUUGCUUUCAUGCUGCCUGUGGCCACGCCACCAAACUCCAUUGUAUUCUCCUACGGUUACUUGAAGGUGUCGGACAUGGCCAAAACGGGCAUAAUAGUCAAUAUCCUGGGAGUGCUCACCAUAUCGCUGGCCAUCAACACGUGGGGUCAAGUCUUGUUCAACCUGGACUCCUUCCCAUCCUGGGCCAACAGCACCAAGAUUCCCUGAUAUGAACCAAACCUGCGGGCUCUGGACGGACUGCUGAGCAGAGCUGUUAAUUUGUUUUGAAUUCAUGUAAAUGUUUCUGUGAAAUUGUACCACUGAAGCAGCGCACUUUAGGGAUGCAAUUUAUUUUCAAAAAUGGGAAAUUUAAUGCUGUACACAUGUAUGCGCACCCACACACGCGCAUGCACCUACACACACGGGGCGCGCGCGCGCACACACACACAUGCACGCACAUCCGUACACACAUACAAGCACCCACAUGCACGCACACACACACAUGCAUAUCCACACGCACAGCACUAUGUAAGGGCUCCCUUUUCCAGACACAAAACCACCUGCUUUUUGUGUUAAGGUGUAUUGUAAAAAUAAUCAAAUUGUACAAACCGAUGAGGUGUCGAACAAACAAUAGGAAAAGUGUCGAACAAACAAUAAAAAACUCUGUGUUGGUGUGAGAAGGAGCAGACUGAUGAGCAAUGGCGAUCUGAAUCCCAGAAUCGGAUCCGGCAAUGAGGCUCAGCCCUCAGCGUGAGCCGUGAGGUGGUGGGAUCUGACUGGUUGCGUGCAGUCCGAUUUCACUACCUCUUUGGGGCUUUGUCCACCGCCCUGCCCAGCCCCACCAUCGCCGGUUGGGCCUUCAGGCUUUCUGUCCCCACCCUUUGGAACUCCAUCCCACAUUCCCUUCGCCUCGCUCUCUCCCUCGCCUCCUUCAAGUCCCUCCUCUUCGACCGUGCCUUCAGCCACCCCUCCGUAAGUGGUCAACUUAGUUCUUCAAACAAUCUUACAUCCCUGCAUAAGUGACUUUGAGCCAACGGAACACUGUAAAAUAUUUAUAAUUUGUUAAACGAUUUCCUUUUUACUAAAAUGUGAAUAAAUUAAUAAGCCUUUCA